AAAUUUCAUCAUUCCUGCUGCCACAGCUUUGUCCAGAUCAGAAGCAAGCUUUUGGGAUGUUAGACGAGUGCAUGUUAUCUUACUCAAACACUUCAAUAUUAGACAACGCGGUAGUCUUCUAUAUGUGGGACGAACACUUGGCAAGAAAUUGGAAUCAGUACAAUCAGGACAUGAAGAAGGACCUAACCUUCAAACCAUAUAUGCUGUUGUUCAGUGCACGCCUAAUUUGAGCGAGUCAGAAUGCAAAAGCUGCUUGCUUUGGGCCAUCUCAAAAAUUCCAGAGCGCGGUAAAGAUAGGCUAGGUGGUAGAGUUAUUGUACCCAAUUGUAACUUAAGAUAUGAAAGUGGCCGCUUCUAUGCAAUUACAGCUGAUGUAACUUUUUCAGCUCCGCCGACCCUACUGUCUCCUCCCCCAUCCACCAACACAACCUUUUCAUCACCUCCUCCAUCUGCCGCCACAAGAUCCUCGAAAGGAAAGAAAUCACAAACUAUCAUUGCCCUUGUUGUGUCAACUUCUGCAAUGGUUAUGCUGCUUAUCUUUGCUUGGAUCUGUGUAAGAGUGAGAAAGCAAGGAAGGAAAUCUCCAAAUGAUUCAACCGAACUUACUGAGGAGUCAAUACAAUUUGAAUUUGACACCAUCAAAGUUGCUACAAAUAACUUCUCUGAUGAAAACAAGCUUGGACAAGGAGGAUUUGGACCAGUUUACAAGGGCAUGCUCUUCGAAGGGAAAGAGAUAGCAGUAAAAAGGUUGUCUAGUAAUUCUGGACAAGGGGAUAUUGAAUUUAAGAAUGAAGUACAAUUAAUGGUCAGGCUUCAACACCGAAAUUUAGUUAGACUCCUUGGUUUUUGUUUGAAACAAAAGGAACGACUUCUAGUAUAUGAGCUUCUUCCUAAUAAAAGUCUCGAUCACUUUUUAUUUGAUCCUAUUAGACGUGCACAACUAAGAUGGAAAACACGUUACAAAAUUAUUGGAGGAAUUGCAAGUGGCCUUCUUUACCUUCAUGAAGAAUCUCAACAACGAAUUGUUCAUCGUGAUCUUAAAACAAGUAAUAUUCUCUUAGAUGCGGAUAUGAAUCCUAAGAUUUCAGAUUUUGGCAUGGCAAGAUUAUUUGUUACAGAUCAAACUCAAGCCAACACAGACAGAGUUGCGGGAACCUAUGGGUAUAUGGCGCCAGAGUAUGCAAGACAUGGAAGAUUCUCAACAAAGUCUGAUGUCUUCAGUUUUGGUGUAUUGAUUCUAGAGAUUGUGAGUGGCCAGAAGAAUGGUGGCUUUCAUAAUUUGGAGAAUGUAGAGCAUCUACCAAGUUUGGCAUGGAAAAGCUGGAGGAAAGGCAAAGCCUCUAACAUUAUAGAUCCCACGUUAAGAGAUGGUUCAAGAAAUGAAAUAAUGAGAUGCCUUCACAUUGGUUUACUAUGUGUUCAAGAAAAAGCUGCAGACAGACCAACCUUGGCUUCCCUUGUGCUUAUGCUCAGCAGCCACUCCUUCUCACUUCAAGAACCCAUGAAACCUGCAUUUUUUAUGAAUGACACAAGUUUAUCUGGCAGAAACUCAAGGGAUUACAGAGCUGUGUCAACAAGCUCCAGCAAGAAAAAUAGUAAAUCUGCAGAAUCAUUAUCAGUGAAUGAGGCCUCAAUAACUGAUAUAUAUCCUCGAUAACUUGAGCUGUAGAGGUGACACUCUUGAUCAUAAUUGCUAGCGUAUGAGUUAUUCUGCCAAUAUAACUAAGUGCUUUUUUUGUUGAAGAAAAUGAUAGAAUUUUUUGAAUUGCAUAAACAGGAAAACAAUUGCAAUGUAUUUUAAUUCGGAAGUUCUCUGUAUUGUAAGUAGGGAAUGUCACAUCAUGGGACCAAUACGGAUAAAAACAGUAGUGAUUCUGAUUAAUAAGAAACACAGAGUCUUCUGAAAAA